AUGACCUCUUUCAUCAACGACGACACCCCUACUGCCCCUUCCCAACCAAGGUUCAAAGCCGCACGCAGCCAAGCGGGCCCUUCAGAUGCUGACACUCGACAGCCACAAGCAAGGGAGACGGAUCAAUUCGCGUUAAGCCCAUCUCAGGCUGCGAAGGGCUUGGGGCUCAGCUUUGGUUUGCCGAUCUCCUCUGCAAGCGCCAUGAGCCACUCACCGUCCAGCCGAGAUGAUGAAGACCAUUCUGGACCAACGGCCUUGAGGAGCUCUGUAGAUCAGCGAUCCGAUUCGGGUGGCAGCGCCGCGCAGAUCUAUCCGGCUCUUAGGGAAGGGGCCAGAUCUCCAACAUCAUUUCCCUACUACGACGCAAAGCGUCGACCGACCCUCUCGCACAGCAGUAGUAGAUCUGGGCAGGGAAAAACACGGAGCAACUCUAGGCCAUCCAUCUCAAGCCGGCGUGGCGCCAGAUCGCCCGGCUGGGAGUCUGACAUUGGCCCGCAGCUCGACUUGGCUUUGAGCUUCGUGAACGGGGGACCACGAACGAACGGCACGAACGCAUCCAUCACGUCUCCAUCCAGUCAGAAGUUCGCCAUGUCACCUCUGGCUCGAAGCGAAGGUGAUCUGAGCCGCGGUAAUUCGUCACUCAAAGUCAGGGCUGCAGACGCCAUCGAAGCUGCUGAAAUAGAGGUCAUCGAUGCACUGGCAGCCAUGGGGCGUGUAAUUCCCUCGUCCUCUAGAGGCGAUAGGAGAAGCAGCGACCGUGAUGGGCCGCCUUCCGCCAACGCGGACCCUGAGAUGGUGAUGAGCUCGCUGCGUUCGCUCGCUGGUCUGACCCUCGGACAAGGUUCCAGGUCCAAAAGUUCGAACAGCGUUGCAAGCAUGGAAAGUUCUGGGAGUGGAGGCAGUGCUGGAAGCGCCAGCAUCAUCACCUGGGGAGACGCCCUACAGCACUCACAGUCAAGUCGAGCAAUCGUGCGGAAGAGGAGCUUUGCAGAAGAGUUGGUUAGCUCUGACGCGCAGCACAUGGCACACUAUCGAACAUCCGAAGCAGCUCGAGCACAAGCCUCCACCCCUUCGACAGGUAGACGCUCUGCGACUCCUGCGAGUGGUCUUCUGACCAGCGCGAGCACCCCAGAAGGCGCUCUGGGCCGCAUCUCGUUGCCUGAUGUGGGUCCAAGCGCAGCCAUAGACACCACAGAUGAAUUUGUCGGAUCCCAUUCGGAGCUCGCAGCGCACUCAGCAGCCCUAGACGUGCGCCGAGACAGCGCGAAAAGCGAGGAGGAGCAGGAAAUCUUGCUGUCGCAAAUAGGUCACGAUCCUCCAGGGCACUCUACUCGCUGUUCCGGGGAGAUUGAUAGGACUGCGCACGAACUUCCAAGCCUGGAACGAGCGCGUCAGCGGCGCGAGAUGGAUGCUACAGAAAGAGUGAAGCAGCAGGCAGCUGUGCGCCAAAAUGAAGCCCAAAUGGCCGCCUUGAAAGCUGGGCUGCGCUACCUGAUUGAAGUACAGGACGACUCUGUAAGUCAAUUUGUCUCGCGCUCGAGUCACGCGCCAUCCUCACUUGGGUCGUUCUAACAAGGCUCUGGCUACUUCCACUCCUUUCAGCAUCGACGGAGAAUCGCUGCGGAGGAUGCAUUGGCGAGCGUGAUCGCGAAAGCCGCCUCUUCUCCGCCCGUAGAGGAGACCCGGCUUCCGAGUGGUUCCGGACCCUCUCUGAGCAAAUCUACAGACACUCUGCCUUGGCUGACUUCCACGGUCUCGGUGGCGAGCAGAGCAUCUGACAGCGCUGCGACCCAACCGCAAGGCCGCUCAAGAAGUCGGUCUAUUCUGAAGACAAUUGCAUCAAAAAUGCCGCUCAGUCUGCAGGGAGGCUCCAGUGCGCAAGCUUACGUGGCAGAUGAGAGCUCUGCACAGCUCGCAUCCGGUCUCUGCGGCCCUUCGAACAGGCUCAGCGUCCUUCCUGGCGGCACAUUUUCCCUACAAGCGAAUAAACAUCAAGGUCAGGCAGAAAUAGCCGCUGCGCUCAGUCGCUACACCGAUUCUCAGGGAUCUCACUCGCGAAAAGGAGCCAAAAGCUCUGCGUCAACCAGCAGCCAGAAAGCAGAGUCUAUCCGACCUCUAUCCGUCUCACAGCCGUGGACUGCAGGCUGGGACGUCAUGAGCUACGACUCGGGCAAGACUGCAGGAUCGAUUGAUCUCUCCGCACGCACGGCCAUCUAUCCGGAUUCGCAUGCUUCGGCCCGCGGAUCUGGCCAAGUGCUUCCUUCGAUAGCUGGCAACGAAGACGUGACAUCUUUGCGUGUUGCGCUAUCGCAAUCACGCCUGGCCUUGGCGAAUUUGGAGCAAGAGAAACGCAGACAGGACGAAGAAACAGAGGAGCUAACUAAUCGGGUAUUUAUUGAAGCUCAAGAUAUGGUUAGGACAGAGCGUGUACGCGCGAACGCUCUCCAGCGCGAGGUUGACAGUUUGCGGGCUCAGCUCACAAAGAAGACACUCAAGGGAGCAGGGGGCGCAGCGAUCGAGGCUGGUGCGUCGGAUGACAGUGAAGCUGACAUGAUGGCGGCAGUCAAGGAAGCAGCUUUGGCAUGUGCCGAAGCUGAGCAGGACGCGGCGACCCUUCGGGAUGAGAUGGAAGCAAUGAGCUCCAGAUGUCAAGUCCUCGAAGAAGCGUUGUACCAUGCCGUAGCUGCGGUAGCUCAGACUCGUCUGCAAGAAGCGGAUGGUGCUCUCAAAGAUGACUUUGACACUGUGGCUGCACAGCUCUGGGCCGCUGCGGAGCAGUCGUCCAGUGCAGAUACAGCGAUGGCAACUCUUCCCACUGUCGCGAUCGGCAGCCCCGCUUCUCAGGAUGGUCAUAAUCGCGUCGAUCUCAUUGCGCAGCAGCCGAGCAUGGCUUCUUUGGGGCAAUCUGCUUCCAUUUCUGGUGCCGAUGCUCGUCAACCUGAAGCGCUUUCAGAUUCAGGCCCUGACAUGCCGGGCUCUCUGCUUGGCGCACAACACUCCGAGAUACGCUCGCCCGACGGCUUACGAGAUUCAACUGCACCAUACCACCGUAAGAGCAGCCUCGACGUUCCUGGUCGGCAUUCUACGGAGAGCGUGUCUUCUUUCUACAGCGCAGUAGCUGGCAAAACCCCUGCACCGGGCAGUGCAGCCAGUGAUGACGAAGAUGAUGGUGAAGUCGUAGAGACAUUGGACCAAAGCGACGUGCCUGCCUUGACCCGCCAUCCUCUGCGUGGAGCUGCGCCCUAUUUGGACUCACCCGUCUCGCCGCCAUCCGCUGGCGAGCCCUUGAGUUCUCCGACAAGCUGUGGAAACACGAAUGCGGCAGCGAAUCAGCUGCUGUGCACAUCAGCGCCGCAGGCGGCUGAGGCCCAUGAGAAAAGCUCUGUGAAGGAGCCAGCCUUUGCGAGGCCGCGAGCCACCCCUUUGAAGUCUUUGGUGCUUGAGCGCCCAGCAUCCUUGGGCAUCGAGAUUGGUCGCAGACUCGAGCGCAAUGCUUCUCUCACAUCUCCAGGAUUGGAUCGCUUGCCGCGCUCAUCGCUAGCUUCGCCGUUGAUUGGACCUGGCUCCCCACGAGGUCUGCCACCUCGCCCGCCAGAACCAAGCUCCCCCCUCCCAGCACCGCCUCAAGAUCAGCCAGCACCUCCCAGAGGAGGCGCUCCCUCUGACUUUGCAACACCGUUGCGACAAGCUUCGAACUCUGAGAGCGGACAGCUGUGGCGUUUCUCUGACUUAUCGCUGCUCCAUGCUGCCUCAGAAGACAGCCAAUCACUUCGGGAGCCUCCGCCAAGUUUCACCACUAGGUCAAGCACUGCUGCGUCGAAACUACCCACGCCCGAACUGCAGCGAACUGAGAAUUCUCGCGUGGCAACAAGGACCGCCGUUUUACGAGGCAAUCAGGCUCAAGAUAUCAGCGCUGACGAGCCUAGUCAGGAUCCCGGGACGCGAGCUGGCGCUGCCCCAAUCUCCAUAGCUUCACCAGCUUCGUCGGCACUGAGCAGGGAAGAUCUGUCUAGCCCACACCUUGACCCUCUUCACCGUCUCCCAACACGUUCGAGCACAGAGGAUGAAUACAACUCUGCCUUUGACGAUACUCAGAUAAAGGUCAUAUCGGAGUCCACCACUUCGUCUUCGGCCCGCGGUCAACCACGUGCACACGCGUUUCCCCGCGUGGAGUCGAUCGAAACUUCUUCGCCUCCAGAAGACUUCGGUGCAGCAGAGCGAGCCUCGCCGGAACGCCUCAAGAAAUCUGCUGGACCGUCGCCAGUGCCGCAGCUCGCCUCUGUUUCUGCACCUUCCACACGAAAUACCAAGAGUCCCACGCUGACAAGCAAGAGCAGUGUACGAAGCCUAGCGUCUACUGACACUAGCGCAGCUCAGGGUGGGAGGAAGCAUGCCGUGAGAGGGUCUGCAAAUCUGUUGCAUAGCGCAAGAGGACGCCGACCCAGGUACAACAGCCGCGGGAGCUCGUCAGCAAGCUUGAGUAGGAAUCGAGGCACCUCGAUCAGCUCGUCAAACGUGGCCUACCACAGCGAUAUCAAGCCAGCGCGUCCUUCAGGCCUCAUGGAAUCCUCAUCUGCGAGCUCCAUCUUGAAUUCGGCUGCGCGCUGGACUGCAGACGCUGCAAAGACCUUGCCACCAACAAGAGGGGUCGCAGGCAGCUCCCUCUACUCGGUGAGCUCCUCGGGCUCCCGUCAAAGUUCUGUCUUGCCUUCCAUCAGUGCAGCCUCCAACACGUCGCACGGCACUUCGCAAGACCCAGAUACCAAUUCGAUCUCGUCCGGAAGCGCGGGACAUCAACGUUCUGAGGGCCAGCAGCACAACACCAAGGAUCUUCCUGCAGGCUUCAGUCGGCGCCGCAACUACGGCGCGCAAGUCAAGGACAGUGCUGUCCAAAGUGACUUCAAGUUUCAGCUGCCACGCAUCCGCUGA